AUGGGAAACCACACCACUGUCACUGAGUUUGUCCUGCUGGGGCUGUCAGAUGCCUGUGAGCUACAGAUGCUUAUCUUCCUGGGGCUCCUCCUGACCUACCUGCUGACUCUCCUGGGGAAUCUCCUCAUUGUGGUUGUCACCCUCAUGGACAGGCGCCUCCACACCCCCAUGUACUACUUCCUCCGCAACUUUGCUCUCCUGGAGAUCUGGUUUACCUCAGCCAUCUUCCCCAAAAUGCUGACCAAUAUCCUGACUGGAUACAAGACCAUCUCCUUCCUAGGCUGUUUCUUCCAGAGUUUCCUGUAUUUCUUCCUGGGCACCACAGAGUUCUUCCUACUGGCAGUGAUGUCCUUUGACAGGUAUGUGGCCAUAUGUAAUCCCUUGCGUUAUGCCACCAUCAUGAGCAAAAGGGUCUGUGUACAGCUAGUCCUUUGUUCAUGGAUGACAGGAUUCCUCCUCAUCAUCAUUCCAAUUUUCAUCAUAUUUCAGCAGCCAUUCUGUGGCCCCAAUAUCAUCAAUCAUUUCUUCUGUGACAACUUUCCACUCCUGGAACUCAUAUGUGCAGACACAAGUCUCAUAGAGCUUCUGGGUUUUAUUGUGGCCAACUUCAGCUUACUGGGUACUCUGUCUGUGACGGCCACCUGCUAUGGCCACAUCCUCUGCACCAUCCUGCGUAUCCCUUCAGCUAAGGAGAGGCAGAGAGCCUUCUCAACCUGUUCAUCCCACAUCAUUGUCGUGUCUCUCUUCUAUGGCAGCUGCAUCUUCAUGUAUAUCCGAUCAGGCAAGGGUGGCCAGGGGGAGGGCAGGAACAAGGUGGUGGCCUUGCUCAACACGGUGGUGACCCCGAUGUUUAACCCCUUCAUCUACACCCUGAGGAACAAGCAGGUGAAACAGGUGUUUAGUGAGAAAUUGAGCAAGCUCCUCUUAAAAAGAUGA